AUGGACCAACAUAAUGGUUUGGAUGCGAAUGAGCAGCCUGAAACCCUGGAUCAAUCCAACGCUAUGAUCCUCGAGGGGACAGUUUUUGACAACGACUGGGUCAUCGGAAAGCAGACUGGGUCGACUGAACAUGCAAACAUCUAUUCUGUCACUCACAAAGGCCACGAUGCCGACUCAGAUAUCACCUACGAAGCCAGAUCCUACAACUUUGACAACUUAUCUCCCCAGGUCAAGUCCAACAGAGCUCGUGCAAUACGUCGACUUUCAGGCAGGACUGUUUUGAGCACUACUUGGAAUGAUCUCCGAGUAGUGAUCUACCGCACUGGAGCGAUCGUACAAGAAAAGAAGGACAAAAUGGAGAAUUCGCAAGGGGAUAUAGUUGUCGCCGGCAGCGCCUGCAAGAAGCCUAGACAGAAAACAACCCGCCAACAAGAGUCUGACCGACUCCGACAAAGAUCUCGCCGAAGGCGGGUCAGGCAAGAAAGGGCAUAUGCGAUGUCUCAAGAUGAAGAUCAAGAGGUUGAUGACGACCGGUGUUUGGAAGGCAUUCACGAUAUUAACGUGCUACUUUCUAGCGGGCCACCAAUCGCGGGCUUUGGAGUAUCCAUACAACCUGUUGAAGUGGACGCAAAUGAAUUUUGUUUCUUCGAACUAUUACAUCUCAUCAAUGGCGAUGAAACAAUUCGCCAAAAAGUCGCACCGGUAACAAGGUCAAAGGUGGAAGAUUAUCUGGCAGCCAAAGAGCAAGAGGUCGAGGUUGAUGGCGAAGACGCUUUACUAGAAUUCAUCGCCAUCAAAGAGCGCGAGAUAGUCUUUUUGCAACGAACAAACAACAAAUUCAAGCCGGUAUUGAAGAACUGGAGCGGAUAUUCACUUUACGCCGCUUACCAUCUGAGCCCUCGACCUGGCCCUUUCAACUAUUAUGACAACGAUCUACGUAUAUUCGAUAAACGAUACAAAAUCCUACGUGAGGGAUUGCUAUCUUUGCCAAGUCUGAUUCUAGAGGCAGAGGACUUGGUACAAAAGCUCCAGGUCAAACUACGGGAUGUCCGUCAGAAUAGGGAGACGCGUGAGAUGAAACAAGGAGUGAAGCUGGAGAAGAAAAGGCUAGGUAAGCAGAUUAAAAAUCUCGAGAAAUGGGCGAAGUAUGUUACCGUCGGAUCGUCACCCUACUACAAGAUUAGGGACGACAUCAUUUCUGCGGAGGAACAGCUGAAAAUGCUUGAAAGUAAUAUUGAAGAGUAG